GGAGGGGCCGGCGAGGCCUUCCGUGGAGUACGGUGGCCCGGAGCGGGCAGCUGCGGACGCCAGUGGCGGGGUGGAUGGCAGCGCGGCCCGACCGGCUGGCAGCCAGGUAACCCGGAGCCCGGGCUGAGCUGGGCUCGACAGCGGCGUGUAAGCGGCUUCAGUGAGGUGAUAUCUUAGAGAGUCAUUGUAUUUCUAAGUCUUCAAUAUUUACCCCUUGGAACUUUUGACCCUCUUACCAUACACAUUUUGGAAACCAAAAUGGAAGAUGUCGAAGAAAUUUUGGACCAGUUAUAUAAGAAAGUACUUCUUGGAGCCACGCUUGAGGAUGACAUCCAUGGUUACAUCUUUUAUCUCAACCCAAACCUCUCAGAGCAAGUUGGCUAUACAACCCCUUCUUUAGCACAGUCAAAUAUUAAUGGUGCACCUGAUGGUGUGCCAGGCCAGCAUGGACCAUCCUCCAGUGAGUCUACCACCCUUCCUGAAGCACAGGAGUGUGCACAGAGACACUUCCGGAUGAGCAGGGCCCAGGAGGUGGCACUCCUGCAGUUAACAGUGAUUGACCUGCUCCUGAGCCGAGUGCUGUCUACUGAAACUGAGGCCCAUGCAAAGGAGGGGUACGGAGAGCUGACUAAAGCCCUUUUGCAGUCAGCUGGAGUCGAUUCCAAAUUGGUGUGCAUGCUCCAGAACUCGGAUAAGUUGUUGUCUCACAUGGCUGCGAAGUGCCUCUCAUCGCUCCUCUAUUUCCAGCUAAGAGAGAAGAUGAUGUUAAGUAAUUCCUGGGUCACGUUUUGCCAGAAACAUCUCUCUGAAUCCUCUGAGAGUGGAGAAGCAGUGCACUGCCUUUGGAUUCUCACAGUUGUAAUAAAAGAAGUCUUUAAAGAUGCACAGUCCCAGCAAGCAGAAAUCCUAAAGCAGCUCUUGGCUCCUUUUGACAUUACUUUUGAAGUGUUCUACAAUUCCUUAUUUUCUCAGCAUUUUGGAAACUUCCAGAAUCUCUCUAACGUAGUCAACAUCCUGGUGUGCUCCCUGGAGCUGCUGGAGCUUCUCUCCGCCUCCAGAGUUCACCUGAAAUUGGACUUUCGAAGCCAAAAGAUACUGUUUUUGAAACCCCGUGUUCUAGAUAUUCUUGCCUGGCCUGUUCCAGCUUUUGUUAAGAGGAAGCUGGUUAUAGUCAUCAAAAAGUGCCUUCUAGGUAAAAUGGGCGAGGACCUCUGCCGUGGAUCGGUGCCUGCCCUGGUGUUACCAGACUAUCUUCUGGACAGUGAUGUGCUGGCCUUAGCUGAGGCACUUCUGCACAGGGUACAUCUGGGGUUGUGGAAGGAGUUGUCUGUUCCUGGAAAGCCUUGCUGCUUUGGAGGGGACGAAGUUCAACCUGGAUGCCGACCCAGGUCUGGCCCUGAUCACGUCACCCUGAGAGCAGCAAGCUUAAUUACUUUGAAAUCCUUGGAAAUCAAGUUCCAGAAUUGUACUUCAGCAACUGAAAUGAAAGUUGACUUGCAGAAGUUCAUGUCCGAGUUACUGACCUUCUUAAAGCCUCACCUUCAGCCCUCUCUACAAUUACACAACCCGUGUGAAUGGCUGUCCAGGGUCUUCAUAGAGCAGGACGAUGACAUGCUGGAGGCUGCCAAAGCAUCCCUAAGCAUCUACCUCCAGGUCACCAGAGACAAGGAUGACAUCUCUGGAAGCCUGACUCAAGAAAAUGAAGCAUGGAUCCACUGCACUCAUAGAAAUGGCUGUAAUCCACACUGUAUUUUCUUAUUCUUAUUAAAGAACAUAGUGUUCGACUCUACAGUUCUUCUUGACUUCUUGAUUUCCUCCGAAACCUGUUUCCUUGAAUAUUUUGUUAAAUAUUUGAAAUUGCUGCAGAAAGACUGGCAUCACUUUCUGUCCAUCUGCAAGUUCUUUGAUGAAGCUGAAUCACAAUGUGGAGCAAAUCCUCGGGAUCCUGUCCCCCCACUUGUCCACAACAGAAGCACCAGCCACACAGGACCUCAUGCUCUGGCUUCUCCUGUUGGCCACAGCAAUGCUUGCCCAUGGGUCCCAUGGGCUUUUGAUACCCGCUCUGAGCCUCAGAGUCAGGUGGUGAUGCCCAAGGAAACUCACACAGUGCCAGCUCAUGGCCCAUCUUCCCAGACACCACGGAGUCUGGUAGAUUACGACAGCUCGGAAGAUUCUGAUGAGGAAGCCACAAAUCAGCAUUUAGCAAACAACAAACAGACUUCUUUAUGUCCAGAAAUGAGCAGAGAAACUCAAGGCCUGCCUAGGACAUGUAAGGACCAAAAAGAGCUUAGCCUGGAGCCUCAGCUGAGGCCUCUGCUUCCCCAAGAGUCCUGUCCUCCCUUCUGUGCUGCUGGGGAAGUUGCUCCCAAUGGGGCUGUCUGGGAAGUGGGACUGUUUUCUAGAACAGUGAGAUGCCUGGUGGAGCUACAGGGUGCUAUUUACCGUUUGCAGGAGAAAAAUCUCUUUCCUUACAAUCCAGCUGCGCUCCUGAAGUUGUUGAAAGGGGUGGAGACGAAGUGUGAUAAAGCGUCAGCACUGGGUGACGGUGGCAGUUGGUCCUCGGGUUUGCUUUCUUUAUAAAAACUGCAUAUCUGAGCUAAAUAAACCAAACCAAAGCUGCA